AUGAGUUCACCAGGUGACUAUUUUAAACGAAUUCAAGAGGAUUAUCAAAAAGUUAAACGUCAAUUAAGUCAUAAACCAAUGACAGUUGUUCAGGCUCAUGAGUAUUUUGAAAGGCACAAAGAGUCAAUUGUCACAAAUUUCUCUGUUGAAAUUAGAAAACCAUUAAUUGACAUUAGGUUUUGGAAAAUCUUUGAUAUUAAAGCUGGUGGUGAAGAAUCAAUAAUCAUUAAUCAAAGUUUGAUUUAUGUCUUGUGUCUUUAUAUUACAAAUAUUGAACGUUAUAAUGAAACUGUUUCUCAAACCCCAUCUAAGGUUACAUUGCUAUUGAACUUGAAAGAUACUUGUCCUCAUUUUUUUAAAAUUUUGUACAUUUUCCCAAGUGCUUUAGUUGUAAAUAAAGAAAUUGGUGGUGAUGGUCAAGUUGAUCGUGAUGAUGAUUCCAGUAUUUUCGAUGAUGUUGAAUCACAAGAUGAAGAGGACUUCAUCUCUUAUAAUCUUGGUGAGGUUAUUCCCAAAUUAAUACAAAUAAGACCUCCUGAAGAAGUUAAUGAUCCAAUAAAUUAUGAAUGUGGUAAUGAUCAUGAAUUCAAGUAUAAAUGCCACAAAUUUAAUAAAAAUCAUCUGGUUGAAUCAAUAACUUAUAUCAAUAACAAAAUGUGUUAUUUAUUAUCUAAGAAAUCAUUACAAAGCUUGUUGUUUUUCUAUGGAAGAUUAUUUCCACCUUUGUUUGUUGGCGGGUAUUCAAAUUUCAUGGAUAAAGAUCAAAGAUAUGAGAAUAUCUUCUUUGAUCCUAUUAUUCGUUUAUUCCAAUUUGCAGUAGAAGAAUAUAAGAAUGAUAAGAUGGAUUCUAAUAACGUAUUAAAUGUUUCACACUCUGGUGAUAACCGUAUGAUGUUAACGAAGUCCAAGCACUAUUAUAAUGAUAAUGAUAAUAAUAAUAAUAAUAAUAAUAAAGAUGAUGAUGAUGACGAUGAUGACGAUGAUGAUGAUGAUGAUGAUGAUGAUGAUGAUGAUGAUGUCGGUGUAUGCAAAUAUGAAGAAAUAUGGGCACAAAAUGAUGAAAAUUAUAAAAACUGUUUAUUCCAUAUAAGAAUAUUACACCUGAUUGACAGUUUUUUUUUCGAUAAUGCCAGGGAACUGCCUGGUUUAAAGAAAUUUAUUGAAAGAUCUGAAAUUUUCAAUAGAACUGUUGAAUAUUUAAAAGUAUUAUGCUCUUACUACAAACCUCCACUGUACAUAAUAAUCACGGAUGAGGAAUAUUCGUUAUUCAUUAAAUUUGAAAAUCAGAAUAUCAACAGUAAAACCAAUCUUAUUGACUCAGAUUCUGAACCAAUAACACCAGUUUCAAGCGAUGAUGAAAGAACUAAUCCUUCAGUGCAAAGUGAUUUAGAAAUUUUAAUGUGUAAGGAUAAAUUUUUUAAGAAUAAACACCUUGUUGAAAAGAAUUAUAAUAAGAUUAAUAUCAUUGAAUCAAGAUUGAUGAACUCAAUUUUUCUGGAAAGGUUAUUGAAAUCAAAUGAUGACGAAUCCGUUUUUUAUAAACAAAAUCCAUUUUGUGAAAGUUUUAAAGAAGAAUUUGUACCUGGUAUUGAAUUAGGUGGAUUGGAAAUAAAAUCAAGUUUUGAUAUAUCAUUUCUGACCAGACAUUGUUACAAUAAACAUUCCUCUACCUGUGAAAUCUAUGAUGAUAUUGAUCCUUUAGAACUUAAAGCUGUCAUGACCACCAGAGACUCAGCUUUUAAUGAAGAGCUUGAUUCCUUCAUUUUAGAUCCUGAACAUCAUGAAUCCAUGGUGCUGAAGUGUUAUAUACCAGAUAAAGCAAUUGAGAAUCUUCCUGGAUAUCAGAACAAAGCACGCGAAUUUCUUGAACUUCAAAGAAAUGUAAGUCAAGAGAUUGAAAUACGUUCCAAGAUUCGUCUUUACAUUAAAAAUAACAUGGAUAAUAUUGAUAAAGUUGCAAGAAAUGAAGAACACUGGUCAUCAACUCAUAAUUUUGAUAAUUUUGUCAAUUUUGGUGCUUUGAAAGAGAAUAAUAAGACUGCUGGUAUAUUUUUGACUUUUAAGAAAUCUGAGAGCUCACCGGAUGACCAUGGAUUUAGUUCAGACGUCAACUUUUGGAAUGUGUGUAAAAAUAUCAUUGGUGAUGAAUUCAAAACUAUUGUGGAGACUAUUCAACUUGAUUAG